AUGGGCAGCCAUAACAGCAUCCCCAUCCGAGACUGUCUCGACGCCAUCUGUUCCAAUCGCAGUGCCUGUGUCACUUACCCAGAUGAGCCGAUCUUCGCUUGGUGGGCGAAACCAUUCAAUCUAGAGUUCCCAGUCAUCCCUGCAGCUAUUAUUCGGCCCGAGAACACUAUUGAGGUUGCCGAGACCGUCAAAUGUGCCAGAGAACACGGAUUCAAAGUGCAAGCAAAGUCUGGAGGACACUCUUAUGGCAACUAUGGCCUAGGAGGAGUAGACGGGGCCGUAUCAAUCGAUCUCGUCAAUCUCAAGAACUUCCAGAUGGACAACGUGACAUGGUAUGCUUCGUUCGGAUCAGGGAACAACCUAGAUGAACUGAAUAAACAUCUGCACGCGAAUGGGAAACGAGCCAUUGCUCAUGGGACAUGUCCAAGUGUUGGUACAGGGGGACACUUGACGGUGGGUGGUCUUGGACCAAUAUCUCGAAUGUGGGGAAGCGCUCUCGAUCAUCUCAUCGAAAUGGAGGUCGUAACAGCAGACGGUACAAUUCAAACGGCCAGUCAAGACAAGAACUCUGACCUCUUUUGGGCAAUGCGCGGCGCAGGAGCAAGUUUUGGCAUUGUGACCAACUUCGUGGUCAAGACUAGGGAAGAGCCCGGUAACGUCGUCCAGUACACCUACAAUAUCGCUCUAGGCUCACAAGAUGAUGCUGCAAGUUUAUACAAAGAAUGGCAGGCCCUGGUAGGAGACCCAGAACUGGACCGACAGUUUGCAAGCUUAUUCGUCGUUCACCCUCUGGGAGCCCUUAUUACUGGCACAUUCUUCGGUACGGAGGACCAAUACCAGGCCACAGGCAUCCCUGCUCGUCUCCCUGGUGUUGGCAAAGGUGACGUUUGGGUCACAAAUUGGGUAGGCCAUUUACUCCACGAAGCCGAAAUAGCUGGCUGUACCUUUGGCAGCAUGCCGAACGCCUUUUACUCCAAGUCACUGUCACUCAGUAAACAAGAUUUGUUGAAUGACUCCGCCAUUACGGACUUGUUCAAUUAUCUCGAAGAUGCUCACAGCGAAAAGACGCCUGUCACAAUCAUAUUCAAUACUGAGGGCGGCGCUAUGAUGGACAUACCGGCGAAUGCAACUGCAUAUCCACACCGGGAUAGUGUUAUCAUGUAUCAGUCCUACGGCGUCGGAGUGGGUAAGGUAUCGGCCGCGACACGGAAGCUGUUGGACGGAGUUCAUGAACGGAUCCUGCGGUCGGCUCCGGGCGCCCGCUCCACUUAUGCCGGAUACAUUGAUGCGUGGAUUGACCGGGAAGCGGCACAGAAGCUCUACUGGGCGGACAAUCUGCCACAGCUACGGGAGAUAAAGAAGGUGCGGGACCCGGAGGAUGUCUUUCACAACCCACAGAGCGUUGAGCCGGCUGACUAG